UUAAACUUUAUAGAUAUCAUGUUACUUGCUGGUCUUAUGCAAAUUAACAUUGUUAGCAUUUUAGCACCUCAUUUAAACCAUGUCGACAAUUAGGCUUCGUGAAGGCAUUGCUGAAUGUCUAUCUGAAGCACGAUCAGAUUCUCAUGAAGUUCAGAUAAAAGCUCUACAAACUCUGGCUUCCAUUACCAAAGUCAGUCCACAAAAUAGGACCUUUCUAGCACAAACAGAUGGAGCCAUAACUGCCCUUCUUACCCUCUGCGAAUCUUCAUCUUCCAUUAUUCAAACUCUCUCAUUGUCUAUACUCUUUAACCUCUCUUUGAAUCCUGAUUUAAAGCAGUCUCUUGCAGAUAUAGAAACCAUCUAUCUUCUCAACUCCAUAAUUCUCUCCCCAAGCUCCACUGAGUCUAGCAAGUUUGCUUCUUCUCUGGUUUGUAGCUUGGCCAUUCUAGAUAAGAACAAGGCCAAGUUUGGGGUGGCUGGCACCAUCCCUUUGUUGGUCAAUGCAGUUUCACGACCCUCUUGUCCUGCUGCACAUCACCUCCUUAGUUCUUUAGCUGAGCUUGUGCAGUUUCAUGGGAACUGUACCUUAGCUGUCCGGGCUGGAGCCAUCCCGGUGUUGAUCCAAGUGGCAACAUGCAAUGAGGGUGAAGACCUUGGUGGGACUUCACUAGCUGUUCUGGGCCUUCUUGCCAGAUUUGAUGAGGGAUUAAAUGCUUUGAAAAAGACUGAUAAGGUUGUUAGUUCAAUGGUAGAUGUAUUGAAAGGGAGGUGCAUGUUGAGCAAAGAAGGUGCAGCUGAAAUUCUUCUUCGCCUGUUUGACGAAAGCGAGGGCUGCCUAAGAGAUGCCUUGAGGGUUCCAGAGUUCUUAACUGUACUAGCUGAUAUUUCAGUCAGGGGAUCCGCAAAAGCUCGAGAGAAGGCUGGUCAGUUACUUAAGAAAAUGAUGGAGACUAAUUUGGAUUCCUACAAUGACGAAAACAUGUUUUUCUAAUGGUUUGGCAAUUAAUCAUUGCUACUAUUUUCUUGAA